ACUAUCCGGACCUGCUUUGUUUGUGGAUGAACGCCAUAAAACCCAUCUCCGAAAUGUGGACCGUAAUAGGAAAAUUACUGUUUUUCCACUUGGUUACGAUGGGGCUGUAUUCAGGAAAAGGGAGCGAGGAGGAGUGCGAGGACGGACAGUUUCAGUGCAAGAACAAGAAAUGCAUCAUGAGCAUAUGGAGGUGUGACGAUGAUGAUGACUGUUCGGACAACAGCGAUGAGGAAGACUGUUUGAGGAAGACGUGUGCACCAUCAGAAUUCGCUUGUCAGAACGGGCAGUGUGUGCCUGGCCGCUGGCGCUGCGACGGGGAGCCCGAGUGUCCGGACGGAUCCGACGAGGCAGAGUCCACCUGCACAGUCAAGCAAACGUGCCCACCGGACAAGUUCGACUGCGGCGGGAAGUGUGUGUCGUUGUCAUGGCGCUGCGACGGCGAGAGGGACUGUGAAAACGGAGCGGACGAGGAAGACUGUGCUGCAGAUGCCCGCGCCUGCCCAGCUGGAGAGUUCCAGUGCCGUAACCAUAAGUGCCUGGCGCCGGUCUAUGUGUGUGAUGGUGAUGACGACUGCGGGGACUCCAGUGACGAGGAGAAGUGCUCUCCACCCACAUGCGGCCCGCACGAGUUCCGCUGCAACGCCUCUGAGUGCGUCCCCAAGCCCUGGACCUGCGACGGGGACCCAGACUGCUCUGACGGCUCUGACGAGUGGGCAGAGCGAUGUGGGAGUGAAGUUGUGCGACCAGCCACGCCCCCCGGCCGCAGGGCAGAGUGUGGCGCUGGAGCUUUUCGUUGCGGUAGUGGGGAGUGCAUCAAGCUGGCCUGGAGGUGUGAUAGAGACCCGGACUGCAAGGACAAGUCAGACGAAGCUGACUGCCCGCUCCUGACGUGUCGUCCAGAUGAGUUCCAGUGCGGGGACGGCUCCUGCAUUCACGGCAUCAAACAGUGCAACAAAGCCUUCGACUGCUUGGACAGGAGCGACGAGGCUGGCUGUGUCAACGCCACAAAGUGUGAAGGCCCUUUGAAGUUCCUCUGCCGAAACGGGGAGUGUAUAGAUGGAGCGAAGGUGUGCGAUAACGUCAAAGACUGCAAGGAUCGAUCAGACGAGCCCAAGAAGGAGUGCGGUCUGAACGAAUGCAUGCUAAACAACGGAGGCUGUUCACAUAUCUGUGUGGACCGACCCAUCGGCUACGAGUGCCAGUGUCCCACUGGCUACAAACUCCUGGAUAAAAGGACAUGCGGAGACAUUGAUGAGUGUGAGAAUCCAGAUGCCUGCAGUCAAAUCUGCAUCAACCUCAAAGGAGACUUCAAGUGCGAGUGCCACCCGGGCUAUGAGAUGGACCCAGUGAGCAAGACCUGCAAAGCAGAGGGGAAGAGCCCUUACCUGAUGUUCACCAACAGACACGAGAUCCGACGCAUCGACCUUGUGAAGCGGGACUACACCCAGGUGGUCCCCACCCAGAAGAACGCUGUGGCCAUAGAUGUUGACGUGGCCGCCAACCGCAUGUUCUGGUGUGACCGCUUCCAGCGCAAGAUCUACAGUGCGUUCAUCCACGAGGCGUCUGACCCGUCCCGUCACGUGACUCUGAUCGACUCUGAGCUGCACUCCCCGGAGGGCCUGGCUCUCGACUGGGUUCAGCACAACCUGUACUGGACGGACUCGGGCGACAGGAGCAUCUCUGUGGCUUCGGCCGACGGCAGCAAGAGGCGAGUUCUGAUCGACACGGAGCUGAGUGAACCACGGGCCAUCGCUGUGGAUCCAGAGCAAGGGUUUAUGUACUGGUCUGACUGGGGAAUGAGGCCCAAGAUUGAGAAAGCAGGCAUGAAUGGAGUGGACCGUCAGGUUUUGGUGUCUGAGGGCAUCGAGUGGCCGAAUGGAAUCACGCUGGACGUGGUGGGAAAGCGCUUGUAUUGGGUGGACUCGAAGCUCCACUUGAUCUCCAGUGUGGACUUUAAUGGAGCUCAGCGCAGAGUGAUCCUGUCGUCCAGUGAAAGACUCGGCCAUCCCUACGCCCUCGCCGUGUUUGAGGACCGAGUGUACUGGACGGACCGAGAGAAGGAGGCCGUCUUCAGCGCCAACAGGCUGACCGGUCAGGAUGUGACCAGCCUGGCUGAACAUCUAAACGACCCACAUGAUAUAGUGGUGUUCCACGAGCUGAGCCAGCCCCAAGCUCCGGACAGCUGUAACCUGGCUGGCGUCAGUAACGGUGGCUGCGCGUUCCUGUGCCUGCGCGCGCCUCAGAUCAGUGAACACUCACCCAAAUACACCUGCGCCUGUCCCGACGGGGAGGAACUGAGUCCAGACACCCGCCUGUGUGUCCCUGUCCAAAAUGUCACAGCCCCACCCUCAAGCAUCUCAAGUAACGUUACCAUGGAGACGGUGAUAGAGGCUGGUGCCGAGCUACCCUCUGAUUCCCCUGACGCGCCGGACACAGUGACCUCUCAGGCAGACAGUGCGCCUGACACAGGUCAUCUCACCCCCCUCUCACCCAGGCCCACCCCAGACGACCCAGCUGGAGCCUCCAACACCACAGCAGCCCCCUCCCCGAGUCCAGCGGUGCUACUGAUCACAGCGUCAGGAGACACCAGCAACCUGUCUCAUCACUCUGGCAAUGAUCUGCUCCUCCUGGGCCACAGUCUGACGGUGGCUGUGCUUGGUGUUGUAAUCCCCAUAGUUCCUAUUGUUGCCACAGUGGUGCUGGGCCUGCUGUGCACUGCCGUUUACCUCAUCUACCGCAACUGGAGGCGCCGGAGCACCAAGAGCAUGAACUUCGACAACCCAGUGUACCGCAAGACCACCGGCGACGCCGAGGAGGACGAGAUCCACAUCGGACGGACGACCGAGGGCCUUCCCGGCCCCCAUCAUCACCACCACCACCCCUACCCAGUGCCCGUGGUGGGCGUGGGCGGGGUGAGUGCGGGGACACCCUUCAUCGCCCUUCCUCUUGGGAGCGGCUUGCCGGACCCUGCGACACACUGGUAUGCCGAGCAGCCCACCAUAUCCAGCGCAAAGUGAGGAGGAGAGAUGGAGGCACACGGACGCUACGAGACAACAGAGUGAUGUUUAGCCAGAGUCGGUCUGACCACUGAAGUGACAAGACACUGAGAUAAGGCCGAGCGUCAGCCAGGCCGAGCGUCACAGCCCGCAUAAGUCCACAGUGUCUGACCAUAAGAUGACGAAGGUGAGGUUCACUCCAGGAUGGCCUUUAGACCGACAGGAGCAGUAGUGGUGAUCUUCAUCAUGCUAUCAUCACUCAGAUGGACCAUACAGUCCAGUUUCUCUCUCUGGACUGGACACUAUUAAUAAUAUUUUGCUUUGUUUACAUACAGAUCAACGUAUUUCCCUCUCAGUGUCCUCAACAUGCUCUCUAUUCUCCUCAGAGCUGUGGCUUUUUCUGGCAGGGAUGUGAAUCUGGAGCAGCACCUUAGUUACGGGGACAAUCCGUGGUGUUAAUCAGUGGAGCGGAUGCUGUGAAAUGUGUCAGUCACUGUGUGAAGCUGUGAAGGUUUAAGCCACUUGCUAUAGCUCAGUGUCAGUUGUUAAUGCCUAUGAGUUUAAAUGUCUUUUCUGCUCUGUCCCUCUUUUUUUUCUUUUCUUCAUUGCCCUUAGGCUGCAGUCACACUGACCACAUUUCAUCUGAAUGGUGAAAACUCCCAUAGCAGUUAAUUCCUUAUCAAAUUCGUCUAGGUCUCCUGGGGAGCCGCAGAAAAAUGUCUCUGCCUAGUCAUUUUUAAUGUUCUCGGUUUACUAAGCCUCCUUUGGACAUAUCUCAAAAGUGCUACUUGUUUAAAAAGUGGUAGAUGAUGAUAAACAUUAUUAAAAUGUAAUAUACCUGCCAGUCGAUCGCGAUUUGUGAGAACCCAGAGAUUUUUUUAUCAUUUUUCCCCAAUUUUUCCCCAGUUUAGUCUCCCCCAGUCACACGAUACUAUCACUGCCAAGUGCAACAUCAAUGGACAGCUCAACACACUUGUACAAUAACACUGACUGCCAGUUCUGUUACGUUAGCUUUCGGUUACCCCCACUCUGCUCACCCAGAGAGAGCGAGGCCAGCUGCGCCCUCUUGGCUGUGGCAUCACCGUCGACCAAACUUGCAAUCUCCUGAGAGUUUUGUUCCACCCUGGAGAAGAAACGAACAAGUCUGAUGUGACCGCAGCUUUACGGUGCACGUCCGCUUCGCCAGUGUCUCAUUAGAGCGACGUAAACAGGAUCCGCACGAACCUAAACCAUCACAAACUCAUAGAUUUCAAAUGAAUUCUCUUCUUAUCCAACUCCUAAAUUGUGGUUCUACCUCCUGAAUUAAGUUGUGACGUGUGUAGGUAAAACAUUCCUUUUAUUCUAAGCGCUCUGAAGAAUUUACAUCGUGCAUACAAAAAGUACAGCGGCUGCAAAACGCACAGGCAGUACCAGUUUAAAUCAGGAGCUUUUGUCCAGAGAGAAAAAUGGUUACUUUGGACUCUUGAAGCAGCGUUGCAUAAAAAAAGCUUUGGCUUAACAUGUGAUUGAGCUGCUUGUGAUCUGUUGAUCUGCUCUAGAUAAGCAGAGUGAGUUUGCAAUGAAUGGGGGUGAAUAAAGAGUUAAAAAAUGAAAGAAUGAACCCUCCUCUGAUGUUCGACUGUGAGGAACAGCAAUGAUGUGUCAAACUAACCCAGUGCAUGUUUAACCAUCCGAAAGAAGAACUUUUUUUUUUUUCAUAAACAUGAUCUUUAGCUUUUAAUGAAAAUCAAUGGAAUCAAUGUUUAGCUCAAUCAUGUUUUUCACCCAUUUCAGAUCCUAGUUUAUUUAUAAUGAUGCGCUCGUGUUUUAUUAAGAAAUUAAUUCUGUAUGUUUUUUUUUGGACAUUGGAAAAAAGUGGACAUUCAACACAGUUGUUGUUUGUUUUUUUUAUUCUUAUUUAGACUUUUUCAACAUUUUUGACAAACUGUCAAAAGUUUGGGUCAAACUGACUCUUUCAAUUCAAAUCACACCAAGUGAACCAAAAAUCCAGCAGAAAAGAUUUCAUGCCCCAAAAAUUAGAAAUAUUUUUCUCCUGUAUUUUUCAACGAGUCAUUUUGACCCACAGCAUAACAGGAGCGUUUAACUUGUUUGUAGCUAUUUAUGCAGGAACUUCCUUUCAUUGUGGAAAGUUACACACAAAAUCUCCGCAGGGAAGUAUUCAUCUUGGACUCGGGAGCGCCCUCUAGCAUCUGGCAGACCUAGAACACAUUACUGAGUGGCAGUUUUCCUCUCAACACUCUCUGAAUGACCCAAACUAUCCGUUUGAACAGAGUUGGAUCACUUGUCUUGUUUGCUAGUAACUGAAAGUUUCAGGUACAGAUUUACUCUGUUUGGGGGAAACAAUAACAACCUCAUAUGUGGACUGAUGUGUGCAGUAUCAUCUCAGGGAGAUGGAACGCUCUGUGUGUGUGUGUGUGUGUGUGUGUGUGUGUGUGUGUGUGUGUGUGUGUGUGUGUGUGAUAUUACACUAUAUAUUAAUGACAUCCGAGUGUUGUAACACAGAAAAGGUGUGAACAGCUGCAAUAUGUAACAUACUUAUAAUCCGUAGGUUCUCUGGUUUCUGUUAAACCACAUGAGGAGGAAACGUAAGCGCUUUGCUGCCAUGUUAACAGAGGAGGAACAGCUGCUUUAGCCCCCUGUAUGUUUUCAUGCUUUCAUUUAAGGGUCCGUGAUGAUACUGUAGUCAUACUUAUAUGAAACACAGCAUUUGUCAUGUUGAUGAUUUUGACUGUUCGCACACAACCAGAUGCAGAGUGUUGUAUGUUAAAGCAGGUCGUGGUCUACAGUCGAACUCUAUAAACAUUUAGAAGGAAAACACUUUUCUCAAGAUUUCCGCGUUAUUCAGUGAUCUGUGGUUAAGCAUAGCCAUUCACAGUGGCUUCAUGUCAAAUGUAGAGAAGCCUAAGAUUUCUUUACAGUGGUGGUGAUAGGAACCAGGGGUUGGCAUGACUACAACAACAAUAUAGACAUUUUAUUUAAUAUCUAGAACCACCAGUGAUCCUACACGAGUCUAGUGAGUUUUAUAUGGAUUACUGAUGAUGCUAAAAUGGGUCUAUUGUGCCUCUAUAACACCCUGCAUGUACAUCCCUAGACAGUAAGAGGAAAGCGGGCCACUGUUGGCCCACUGACAGCAAAGCUGGCGGCCCACUGGCUUUUUGCUCAGCAUUUACCAGGCAGCCCACUGGUGGUCAAGCAGAGCGUUAGACAGAAUUCCACUUUUCAGUAACUCACAGUUCAGUUUACUUACAUUUCCCUCAUUUCUUUCUUUCGUUAUCCUUUGGAAAUAAUUUUAAUAGCUGUAUACAGCUGUAACCCCUCUAGCCCACAAAAUCAAUUUAUAUUAGGACUAUUAUAUAUUUUCUCUCAGUUGUUUGUAAUAUUUGUCUAAGUUUAUUUUCCCAAAUAAAAAGCUGUGUCCUUGUAAGAAGGACAAAAAUGUGGGUGGUCUGAGGGCCAGAUAAUGCUGUCAUUACCAAGCCAGCAGACGGAUAGACGCUUGCCAUCUGGUAUUUACAAAUGUUUUAGGCCAAAAUCUUCUCGAUUUUUCAAAAUUACUGCAUAAAUAAAUGGGUAAGAUGUAAACAGUCGUUCAGAGUGGCUUGGUGUGAAACGCUCUGUUCUAGAGAAACUAUUCACAGUGGUGGUGAUAGGAACCAGACAUCCACCUCUAAAAGCUCCCUCACACAAAGUUAUUACAUGAAAUGGUAAUGAAUUCAGGAUAGUUUCAGGAUAGUUUUGGCCUAAAACAUAUUUAUAAAGCAAAAUAGUCCCCCCAGAAAACUUCCCAUUCCAUUCCAUAUCUAAACUCAGAAGACACGUGUAGGUUCUCUGGUGGUUCUGGAUAGUAAAUAAAAGUCUGUAUUUGUGUUGUAGUCAUGGCGACGUCUGGUUCCCAUCACCACCACUGUAAAGACUUCUGAACCUCUACAAUCAACCAUUUCACACCAAACCCACUCAGAAUGUUCAUACCACUGAAUAAUGCAGACAUCUGAAAGUAGUCUCAUCAAAUAAAAUGAUAAUCCCAAAAACAGCCACUCCUUCCCCCUCCGUCACAUCCUGGUCUAUAAAGCACAGACUCUCUGUACUCUAACAUUACCUCACUGAUGCGGAUUAGAAGCAGAAUUCAGAAUAAAAGCUGUGGGGGAUGAGGCUUGGAUUAGGCUGUGUGUGUGUUAGUGAGAGGAAACGAGUGUGAAGUACUCUGUGGUGUGAAAGUGUUGUAGAUAUGUUUUCAUACAAAUACUUUUGAUACAGUUGUGUAAAAAUGUACAUAAGAUUUUCGACGACACUGUUGAUCAUGAAUUAAUUUAUUUGUAUAAAAUGAGUUUUGGAAAUAUAUCUUACGUUCUGCCAAAGUGUUGUGUUAGUGUUUUUUAGUCUGUUUACAUCACUCCUUGUUAUGGCACAUUCUGAAUAGAUCACUUUUAUUGCGCUCUCAUUGCUCUGUGUUUUGUAUACAGCGUUAUUUUAUCAAAGGGUUUUUUUGUGCCUUGUUUUUCGGUUUGCAUCCGUACCUCUUAUUGUUGGGUUCCUCACUCAGUUGAGCAUUUCUUUCCUGUGGCAUUUGUAUCAGUUGUUGUUCUUGAUACCUCUCUCUCUCUCUCUCUCUCUCUCUCUCUCUCUCUAUAAUAUAUAUAUUGUUAUAAAAAUACCAAUGUUUGAACCCACUCGUCUUCUGGCCUUUCACUCGAGCUCCUCACUCGAAUCGCUCACUUUCCUCUUUAAUCAUUGUAAAGCUAAUGAGAGCCGUCUGAGAGGGUUUAAGAAGGUUUUGGAUUUAAUGGUCUCACCACCGAGUGCACUGCAGUGAUAAUGGACAACAAAUUGUGACCAAUGACAGAGCGCCUCCA